GAUCCUCCCAGCAGCGUGAAUUAUACCCAGCUAUUAAGGCGAGUUCUGUGCGUAAAUGCAUUGCGCGCGUGUGUCUGCCAUUUUCAACAUUGCAUAAUAUUCAUUUUUUUUGUCAUAUACAUGGAUCAGAGUCGGUGAGACACCGCCAUCAAUGACAGGCUUCUCCUUUGACAAUUCGCACCGGCUCCAGCAAUGCUGCCUAGUUUUUUGGUUGCGUGGAAACUAAAAGGCUGCACUGAGCGAGCCCUGAACUGUAGAAGCAUUUCCAGUGGCGCGUCGUGGCUGCCACAGCGGCUCCCAGCACAAGUUUAACGAGCUACGAGAGGACCUGAUGGAAGCCAAACCAAAAUAUUGACCGAAACGCCUUUUGGGGAGCGCACUGUACGAUUUUACGAGGACACUUUCUGAGACACACAUCAUGGGAAGAAGAGGAGAGGCGGCACAGACGUGAGUGCUCAACAGCUACUGGGGAAGUUGAUGUGUACUUCAGCCCCUUCAUCCAGGUGGUCCUCCCUGGAGCAUGCCCAUAUCCCACAAUGUCCCUGCUGGCAGACUGGCUACUGCGCCACUCAGUGGUCAUGUGUUUGCUGCUGCACAGCCUGGUGCUGAUGACCUUUUGCUUCCACCAUGCUGCCACCAGUUGCUCCAAGAAUUGCUAUUGCUCUGAGAGCGAGAGCGGCGGAAAGACGGUGCGCUGCAGCAAUCUGCAGCUCACAGAGAUCCCCCAGGACAUCCCCAAUGACACACGACGUGUCUACUUGGACUUCAACCUCUUCACUACAGUCCCAACUAAUGCUUUUUCAGGUUUGCCUCAUCUGGUUGAGCUGGAUCUAUCACACAAUGAGUUAAGUCAGCUGGAACCAGGGGCAUUCAGAGGCCUGGGCUCCUCACUACAGUUCCUAGACCUUUCUUCUAACAAGUUAGUCAAUUUUAACCCUGAGUCCUUUGAGGGCCUGCGGGCUCGCGCCAACUUAACAAACAAUCCAUGGCAUUGUGACUGCAACUUGCAGAUGGCUAUGCCUCACGUUCACCUGGAGCCUGCAUCAUUGACGGGCAUUGUGUGCCAGACUUCAGAUCCAGAGGAAAUACGUGUUCAAGGACUUGCCUUCCUGUUGGUGCCAGACAUAGAUCUAUGUGUGGUGAUGAAGAGGACUACAGAUGUGGCCAUGCUGGUCGUCAUGUUUGGCUGGUUCACCAUGGUCAUCUCCUACCUGGUCUACUAUGUCAGGGCUAAUCAGGAGGAUGCCCGCAGACACCUGGAGUAUCUCAAGUCAUUGCCCAGCAGACAGGGCAAGUCAGAGGAGUCUUCCACCAUUAGUACUGUGGUAUAGGGCUGACGGAACUACACACUGGACCUGAAGUGGUAACCCUCACUAAACAGGAUGGAGUUACAACAACAACAACUACAUGGUCAUCAUCAGUUGUAGACAGUUCUGCCUAGCUGUUGUAAUGGAGCCAAGGUGGGCAACAAGACAUGUACCUGCACAAGAAAACCAGGCCGAUACAACCUAGCCUAGAUGAAUUAUUCAUCUUUCAGUGGCCCAUUAGGAGUUUUUGUUGGCUGACUUGAUGGUCUACUCUGUGCACUAAGGGAGUAAAAGCAGUGGCAUGUUUUUGGUGAACUCCAAAUAUGGGAUGUAAAUGGGAUUUAUUCAGUGGUGCAUGCACCUUGAUGCGCCUCUCUGACACACAUAUUAUUCAGGAGGCAACAUCAAACAGCAACAGCGGAAUAAGCAACACCAAUGUUGGGAACUGUUACUUCAGUCCAUGUACAACUCUUUUCAGUUACAAUCAUCCUUAUUUUACUCACCAGUAUAUUAUCAGUAAAAUGAUGUUUUACAAUAAAAUAGCUGUUUGUGGAUUUCUCUU